GGCCGACUGCACACCCCGCCCCUCCAUGCGCGAGUGUGACGUCACUUCCGCAAGCGACCCCCUUCACUACCCUGCAGCCCCCGCACCUGGGGGAAGGCCCGAAGCGGCCUGCCGAGGUGCACGCCUGCUCCCUUUGGGGGCGCGGGAGCCUGGCGGCGGCCAUGGCCCCCAGCCACCUGUCAGUGCGGGAGAUGAGGGAAGAUGAGAAACCCUUGGUGCUGGAGAUGCUGAAGGCUGGUGUGAAGGACACAGAGAACCGUGUGGCCCUCCAUGCCCUAACACGGCCACCAGCCCUGCUCCUCCUGGCUGCAGCCAGCAGUGGUCUGCGCUUCGUCCUGGCCUCCUUCGCCCUGGCCCUCCUCCUGCCUGUGUUCCUGGCUGUGGCAGCCAUGAAGCUUGGCCUGCGGGCCAGAUGGGGCUCACUGCCUCCACCGGGCGGCCUGGGGGGCCCCUGGGUGGCAGUGCGCAGCUCGGGUGAUGUGUGUGGCAUCCUGGCCCUGGCCCCAGGGUCCAGUGCUGGGGACGGGGCCCGGGUCACCCGCCUCUCUGUGUCUCGCUGGCACCGCCGCCGAGGUGUAGGCCGGCGGCUGCUGGCCUUUGCCGAAUCCCGGGCGCGAGCCUGGGCAGGAGGCAUGGGGGAGCCCCGGGCCAGGCUUGUGGUCCCUGUGGCGGUGGCAGCGUGGGGCGUGGCAGGGAUGCUGGAGGGCUGUGGCUACCAGGCUGAAGGGAGCUGGGGCUGCAUGGGCUACACACUUGUGCGGGAAUUCAGCAAGGACCUGUGAGGACUCUGGACCCUGGAGGAAGGGAGAGCACUUAAUGAGCAGCUACUGUGUGCGGGUUGAGUCCCCAGGCCUGCAUAAGGCAGGACACUCCACUGCAGGCUGACGGCUAUCUGUAGUGCUUGAACUUUUCGCAGAGGUCAACCUGUCCAGCCCCCUGACCCGGAUUUUAUCUGCACUGAGAAGUCUCCUCUGUCCGUCUGCCAAGGUUGCACAAUUUAUGCUACAGGCCUGGGCGAGAUCACUUGGGAGGAGGACAGGAGGCCCGCAAGUGUGCCCACCCCCAUGGGUUAGGACCUGCCGUCAGGGGCACCCCAAAUGGGGACGAGGCCCUACUGGGAAUGGGGAGGGGCUUGAUGUCUGCACAGAGGGGAUGAGCAGAGCCCUUACAGGGGAAGGGAGUCUGACCAGAGCAAGGCCCUGGCAAGGAUGGAGGGCACAGGGCUGCCCGUGCCAGGCCCCUCCCCAGAAGGUGAGCUGAGAGGGGCGCCAGCCAAACCCAUCUGGUUUUUUACACCCGAUUGUUAAUAAAGCCUGAAACUGCUG